GCGGCCAGCCUGACAAACCUCAUCAAUCAUCGCAUCACCACCCAGACGUUUCCUUCACACCACAUCACCAGACCUAUUUCUGCUUUCACACCCCAAAAGUCCUUUGACAGUCCAUUAGUCAGCCUUAGAACCUCAUGGCCAACGACCAGGAUCACAUAA